AUGACAUAUGGAGCUGAGGUCGUCAUCCCUCUGGAAACUGGUUUCCCAACAUUAAGGACUAGUGCAUUUACCUCAGACGGUAACGAUGGGUUGUUAGCAAAAAGUUUGGACUUGAUCGAAGAGCGAAGGGAGAAUGCAAUGGUUCAGUUGGCUUACUACCAGUAUAAACUUAAGCAAGGCUAUGAUACUAAUGUAAAGCUGAGGUCAUUAGCUGUAGGAGAUCUGGUGCUGAAGAAAGUUCUGGGAACCACCAAGAAUCCAACUUGGGGAAAAUUAGGGCCUAAUUGGGAAGGACCGUAUCGGAUUACUUCAGUAGCAGGAAUAGGAGCCUACUAUCUGGAAGACUUAGAUGAAAAAGCUUCUCUUGUUAUUAAAAUGCUAGUGCCACAUGAACUUGGGCAUUUCAAAGUAAAAAACCCUCAAGUACCAUCCUCGGAUCACAGGGUUCCUAAUUACCUAGUGAAGAUAUAA